AGAGAAAAGGCACGAAAAGCGGGUCUUAUUAUUCAGAUGGAUGGAAAAAGAACCACAAUCAAUGAUCCUAACGCACCCAAUAAUCCGCCAUGUGAGUUUACUUUUGACCACUGUUUUUGGUCCCACGAUGGAUUUGAGGAAAAUGAGUCCGGAUAUUUAAGGCCGACUAACCCUCAUUAUGCUGACCAGAAUAAAGUUUACAACGACCUUGGUAAAUUUAUGUUGAACAAUGUCUGGGCAGGCCAUAACACAUCACUAUUUGCCUACGGACAGAGUGGUUCUGGAAAAUCUUGGUCUAUUUUCGGAUAUGGUCCAAACAAAGGUAUUCUUCCAAUGUUUUGCGAAGGAAUUUUUGAAAAGAUAAAAAAAAGUGACAACGAUGGAGUAGCUGCUAAUUUUGAGGUUCAGUUCAGUAUGCUUGAAAUUUACAACGAAAAAGUGCACGAUUUGUUAAAUCCAAGCAACAUCAAACAGGAUGGGUUGAGAAUACAAGAGAAUCCAAAAGAAGGAUUUUUUGUCGAAGGAUUGCAUAUUUUACCCGUCGUAAGUUAUUAUGAUAUUAAAGAUAAAAUAGAAGAGGGAAUCAGAAAUCGUUCCAUUGCUGCAACAAACAAGAAUAUUACUAGCAGUCGUGCUCAUACUAUAGCUGAGAUAACAUUUAUGAAAAAACAAAAGAAUGAAGCAGAAAUAGAAAUAGUGAAAACAGUGAUGAUAAAAAUGAUCGACUUGGCUGGAAGUGAACUUUCUGAUAUUACCAUGGAUGUGAAUGGUGCUAUGGAUGAUCGAGUGAAAGAAAAAGUUGCUAUUAAUCUAUCGUUGUCAUCAUUGGGAGAUGUUAUGGCAGAUCUUGUUAAAAAAUCUGAAGGAAUGGAUGUAACAGUGCCAUACGAUAGCUCUGCUCUUACCAAACUAUUAAAAAAUGUGCUCGGCGGGAAUAGUAAAACAAUCAUGAUUGCUGCAAUAAGUCCGUCAGAUAGUAACUACGAUGAAACUUUAUCAACUUUACAAUGUGCUGAUCGUGCAAAGAAAAUCAAGGGAAGAGUAACCAUCAACAAUGAUCCCAUAGGAAAAAUACUCGGUGAACUUAAAGAAGAAAGACAAAUGCUACUGGAGAGCAUACAAGCUGCUCAAUUAGUAAAAAAUAGGUCAUUACAAGUUCAAAAACAUGAACAAGAUCAUGAUGAUGAUGAUGAUGAUGAUGAUGAUGAGUUAGAGGAAAAUUCAAGCAAGAUGUUCAUAACAGAUUUCAUUGCUGUUGGUUAUGGCACUGAUUAUAAAAUCAUUCAGGAGCUUCAACGGCGGGAAGGAAUGCUAAAAAGUCGAAUCGAAAGAUUACAAGCAAUGAAUCUAGAGAAAGACCACAGAGAAGAAAAUUUAUCGAAACUGAAAAAAAUUGAGAUCACUCGUAAGACAAAAAUGGCAAAGAAGGAAGAGCAACAAAAAACUCCUCAUAUAUGGAAUUUGAAUGCUGAUCCACAGUUAUCAGGAAUGAUUUAUUAUCUUCUCAAACCAGGCAAUAAUCUUGUUGGAAGUGAAAAAGCUGAUCCUGUCCCUGAGAUAACGUUAACUGGACUAAAAAUUAAAAAGAAUCACGCAAUUAUAACAUGUAUGGGCAACGACAAUAGUAUUCAAAGUUGUGGUAGUUCUGCACUUCUUGUAAAUGGAGAACCUGUAACAGAGAGUAUUAUACUACAUCAUAACGACAGGAUAAUGUUUGGUACCAAUCAACUAUACGUAUUUUAUCAUCCGCAAGAGAUUGCUAUGGCCAUUAUAGAAGGCGUUGAAGUCGAGGAAGUCGAUUAUGCAAUUGCUCAAAAGGAAAUUGCUUCUAACUUUUGCAAUGUGUGUUACAAGAGCUCUGAUGUGUCAAAAGACGACCUUCUAAUACAAGAGAAAGUAAUUGACAUUUUUCCAAUGACCGAACUUGCAAAUGCAAUCAGCGAGGAACUUGAUAAAAAGGUUAAAUAUGAAGUAGGUGUACUAUCUUAUAAAUUAAGAAGACUUGUUAUGGGGCAUCCUGAGGUGUUUGUUAUAAUGACAAAUCUUCAGUCGAGAUUCGAGUGGAUGUGGUCUAUAAAAAAGUUUAUCAAUCGAAAAGACUUAAUGCAAGAAAUGUAUCGAUAUCAUGAAGAAGGACAUGAAUGGGAUCUUCCUGAUGAACUUGACCCAUUCAUAGAAUCAGAAACCACUGAGGUUCUGAUUGGUUGUGUCGAAGUUUAUUUGGAGUCAAUCUGCUACAUGGUAAAAUUACACGAAAACACAUUUACUGUAAUUGAUUACAGAGAUAACGAAGUUGGCCGCAUAAGAAUGGCAGUUGUGCCAAUAAAAGAGGAUGGCAGUGAAGUAACAGAUAACGAUAAUACAUCAGUAGUGGACCCAGAAAGUUUGAUUGGCAAGAAUUUCGAAUUUGUUAUGAAGAUUGCAACUGCAAGAGGAAUACCAAAGAAAUAUACAGAUGUUUACUGCAAGUACUCGCUAUUUGACUCGAUGCUCCAUAAUACUCAAUGCUUCCCUGGAGAAACAAAUCCAGAUUUCUUCCACAUGGAAAAAGUAUCGAUUAACCCUUGCUCAAAAAAGUUUAUUGACAGCAUUACAAAGGAAUGCAAACCUCUUGUCGUUCAAGUAUGGGGUAAACAAAAACUUUCGAGUAACAAAGUCAGCAUUUUAACCAGACGAAAAAAUACAAAAGCAUUAAUGUCUGAAGCGAAGAAGAAAGAAACUAUUGCACUCGCGGCUAACUAUGACAGAAUUAGAAAGCGUUCCCAAGAAUUAUUUUUUAAAACUGCUCAAGAGGUUGCCAUGAGGAAACGUAUCGAUAGACUUGAAAAGAAAAUGGAACAAUUAGAACGUUUGAAGCACGAAAAAGAAGAAAGCAGUUCCACUACAAUUGAGAUUUCCGAAGUUCGAAGAGUGCUUGGAGAGUCUGAUUCAUCGUCGACAGAAGACACAGAUGCAAGCAGCAGUCGAAGUAAGCGAUCAAAGCCAUUAAGACGUCAAACAAGAAGUAAAUUUUGUGCACUUCUAUAGUAAAUCAUACUCACAUAUUUUGAUGCAUUUAUAAUAUCAACUAUAACA